AUGCUUGUGCAAGAGCUGAAGAGGCGUCGAGGAGUGCCGUGGCUCCUCCUAGGCUCGAAGACACGCCGGCGCCGAUUGGCGGAGAGGCCGGAGGGGGGGCGGGGCAUGCGCGGGGAGGCGGGGGUGAAGGCUAGGGUGGAGGGGGGAGCAGCCCCGUCGCGCGGGGGAAAAAUAAGCGAGCGUAUUUUGCUGUCGGCGGCGGGGGUCGCCGGCAGCCGCGGCAUGGCAGCUGUGGCGGUGCUCGUCUCCCUGGCGCUCUGCACGGUGGGUCGAGGUGGGCUGCUGUGGACUCAGGGUGGGCCGAAGUGGGAUGAUGUGGACUCAGGGUGGGCCGAGGGUGGGCCGAGGUGGGCUGAUGUGGACUCAGGGUGGGCCGAGGUGGGCUUAUGUGGACUCAAGGUGGGCCCAGGUUGCAUGCACUCUCAGGGGAGAGUGGCUGGCGAGAGAGCUGCCCGCAGCCUGGGGCUGUUUUCCCCGGGGAUUAUCUCGGCCGACUGCCCUCUCGACCGGCCUGACAAACACGUGGGGCGGACUGGGGCGGACUGGGGCGGACUGGGGCGGGCCCCCGCCGGCGUCAACAGGGGCACGCGCCCUCGAGUCUGGAGCGCGCGGACCUGGGGGCGGGCGGCGGCGGGGUUCAGGCACGUGGGGGACUCCCGCCCCCGGCACAGGCCGCCGCAAGCCGCCGCCACCACCACCACCAGCGACGCCAUCAGCCGCAACAUCACUCUGGUGCUCGACAACCUGCUGAAGGACUACGAGAGCAGCCAGCCGCCCACGCACGGCCAGGGACAGCCCACCGUGGUGACUACAAACAUGUUGAUAAAGAGCAUGGGACCCAUUUCGGAACAAGAUAUGGACUACUCCAUGGACUGCUACUUCCGGCAGUACUGGCGCGACUCGCGGCUCAGCUUCGUGGGCGUGAACAAGAGCCUGAGCCUGAGCAUCAAGAUGCUGGAGCGCAUCUGGCGGCCCGACACCUACUUCUACAACGGCAAGAACUCGUACGUGCACACCAUCACCGUGCCCAACAAGCUGCUGCGCCUCAGCGAGAACGGCGACAUCCUCUACUCCAUGAGGCUCACCAUCAAGGCCAAGUGCCCCAUGCAGCUGCGCAACUUCCCCAUGGACCGGCAGUCGUGUCCGCUGCUGCUCGGCAGCUACGCGUACACGAGCCGCGAGCUGGUGUACCGCUGGCAGUCGGACAGCAGCGUGGACUUCGUGAGCGGCCUGGCGCUGUCGCAGUUCGACCUGAUGAGCAGUCCGCAGCGCAACCUCACCUUCCAGCGGCGCGAGGGGCAGUUCUCGGUGCUGCAAGUGAACUUCAACCUACAGCGCCACGCAGGCUACUUCCUCAUCCAGGUGUACGUGCCGUGCACGCUGAUCGUGGUGCUGUCGUGGGUCAGCUUCUGGAUCCACCGCGAGGCCACGAGCGACCGCGUGGGGCUGGGCAUCACGACGGUGCUGACGCUGUCCACCAUCAGCCUGGACAGCCGCACGGACCUGCCCAAGGUGCGCUACGCCACGGCCCUCGACUGCUUCCUGUUCAUGAGCUUCUUCUACUGCAUCGCCACGCUGCUCGAGUUCGCCGGCGUGCACUACUUCACCAAGGUGGGCAGCGGCGAGAUACCUGUGGACGAGGAGGAGUGGGAGGAUGCAGAGGGCGCGCCAGAGGAGCUGACAGUCACCUCUGAGCUGCUGGACCUCAGCGGUCCAGCCCGCGCCGCGCGCCGCCGCAGCUCCCUCAUCUGCCCCAUCUACAAUGACCCGGUGGCGAGCCACGCCCCAGCGGCGACCCGGGUGCGGGUGACGCGACACACGCAGACGGAGCGCCUCGUGCCGCACUGGAGGCAGUUCCUGUACUGCCUGGCCGGCAACGACGACUUCAGGCGCCGGCGCCAGCGCGAGGCGGCCCUGGCGGCGGGCAAGCGACCUCGCGGGCCCGGGGAGCUGGUGCGCCAGGUCAACAGCGUGUCCCACAUCGACAGGACCGCGCGCGUCGUCUUCCCGGCCUCCUUCGGCCUGCUCAACAUCCUCUACUGGCUCGCCUACUACACCUACCAGCAGGACUUUGACUGGACCGACCCCCCGCUGGCCUCCGUCAGCCACUGA